CUCACUUUAACUCCUCUUCUUCCACGAGACUCCCCCGCUCUUCAUCUAGCCUUCUCCGAUGCUCGAAUCCUCUCUCUCUCUCCCCUUCUAGGCUAUCUCCACACUCGAACCCAAAGAGGGAUUGGAUCCAUCGACGAUGCCGCCUCCGCAGCAGGCCUUGGCGGCCAGAGCAGGCGGGAGGUGUAGAAGGGACGGAGGUCCCGUUUGCGGCUUUCGCCCACCCGCAGUGCUGCUUCUCUUCUUCCUUAUUCUGGCCCCUUUGGCGGUGCGCGGCAGCAUUCGGGCGCCGAUCUCGUCCGGCAUCCAGGAUCUCCCUAGCCACACGGGAACCGAUCAGAGAGAACAAGUUGCUGUGCAGAAGCUAAAAUCUAUUCUAACAAAAGAGACACUUCAAAAUGUUUCACAUGCGGAGAAAAGUUAUUCACUGGCCGAAUUGGAGAACAAGGCACUGAUUAGUUCUUUACAGAUUGCAGAUGUAAAGCUUUACAACAAUCCAGAUGAUCAACAACUUCUUGAUUCACCAGCAAAAUUAAUUCGAAGGCAAUUGAGAGAGGAAAGACAUGAACAGAAGCAGAUGGUGUUUACUCAACAAGAUGAUGAAGCAGUAGUUAGGCUUGAAAAUGCUGCCAUUGAGCGUUCAAAAGCUGUGGAUUCAGCAGUAUUGGGCAAAUAUAGCAUAUGGAGGCGAGAAAAUGAGAAUGAAAAUUCUGAUUCAAGAGUUAGGCUGAUGCGUGAUCAGAUAAUCAUGGGUAGGAUCUAUUCUGUACUCGCAAAAUCAAGGAACAAACUUGAUCUUUACCAGGAAUUGCUGAGUCGUAUCAAAGAAAGCCAACAUGUAGUAGGAGAGGCCAAUGCUGAUGCUGACCUACACCAUAGUGCUUCUGAUAAGAUCAAAGCAAUGGGUCAAGUUCUUUCUAAGGCAAAAGAAGCACUAUAUGACUGCAAGGCAGUAACUCGGAGACUCAGAGCUAUGCUCCAAUCUGCUGAUGAACAAGUUAGGAGCUUGAAGAAGCAGAGCACAUUCCUUAGUCAGCUGGCUGCUAAGACAAUUCCCAAUGGAAUCCACUGCUUGUCUAUGCGUUUAACCAUUGACUACUACCUCCUUCCUUUAGAGAAAAGAAAAUUUCCAAGGAGCGAAAAUUUGGAAAAUCCAAAUCUUUAUCAUUAUGCCCUUUUCUCUGACAAUGUCUUGGCUGCUUCAGUAGUUGUAAAUUCUACCAUCAUGAAUGCAAAGGAGCCAGAAAAACAUGUAUUUCAUUUAGUGACUGAUAAAUUGAAUUUUGGAGCCAUGAACAUGUGGUUUUUGUUGAACCCUCCUGGGAAGGCAACCAUUCAUGUAGAAAAUGUGGAUGACUUUAAAUGGCUGAAUUCUUCAUACUGCCCGGUGUUAAGGCAGCUUGAAUCUGCUGCCAUGAAAGAGUACUAUUUUAAAGCUGAUCAUCCUUCAGCAGGUUCUUCCAAUCUAAAGUAUCGAAAUCCGAAAUAUCUAUCUAUGCUAAAUCAUUUAAGGUUUUAUCUCCCAGAGGUUUAUCCCAAGUUGGAUAAGAUCCUUUUUCUCGAUGAUGACAUUGUUGUUCAGAAGGAUUUGACAGCACUUUGGUCUGUAGAUCUCAAUGGUAAUGUUAAUGGUGCAGUCGAGACUUGUGGUGAGAGCUUCCAUCGUUUUGACAAGUAUCUUAAUUUCUCAAACCCACACAUUGCCCGUAAUUUUGAUCCUAAUGCAUGUGGCUGGGCAUACGGGAUGAAUAUGUUUGAUCUCAAGGAGUGGAAGAAUAAAGAUAUAACUGGGAUUUAUCACAAAUGGCAGAAUAUGAAUGAAGACCGGGUGCUCUGGAAACUUGGGACACUCCCUCCUGGACUGUUAACAUUUUACAAGCUGACUCAUCCACUGGAAAAAUCUUGGCAUGUACUUGGUUUGGGGUACAACCCUACCAUCGAUCACUCUGAGAUCGAAAAUGCUGCAGUCAUUCACUACAACGGAAACAUGAAACCUUGGUUGGAGCUGGCAAUGACCAGGUACAGGCCUUACUGGACUAAAUACAUCAAUUAUGACCAUCCUUAUGUCCGGGCAUGCAAACUAAAAGAAUAGGAAGAAGUUACAGGGUUUAUUAUCAGAGGAUAUAAGUUGUUGCUCGGAAGCCAACUCAGCUAGUGAUUGUCAAGGUUCUCCCAGUGACUAAUUCUUUAUCUAUAUAUGUGAAUUUCUUUUUGCCAUCAACUUCAUUUUCCCUCCUGUAUUACUUUCAUUUUUCAAGCCCUUAUAUAUGGAGGAAUGUUUUUGGUGUUUUAUGCAUACGUCUGAUUAUGUAGUGACUUUGUUUUCUAAAAUAAUAUUAUUAUUAAUAUUAUUUGCACA